GUAGAUUUACGAUGCUAUAUAGGCGUAUAGUUUAAUAGCUAAUCUAAUGGAAUCGACAGAGCAAAGAUCAGAACCGUAGCCGGCUAAUGUUAGCGGUGGUGCCCAGGCAGCAAACGUCUGGCCGCUGGAUUAGGAAAAGACGGUAGAACUAACGUAUGGGCAUUUUAAAUGAGUAGAGGUUGAAUUAACCUUCUCACAUGCUGCUGCUGGAGUUUCCAACUAAAUGCUGUUGUGAUGAACAAACAAAAACGCAACCAAGUAUUACAUCGUGGCCACCCAACAGGGGACAUGUUGACAUCUCCUCCUGAGUUGCCCCCCCAGAUUGUCAGUCCAGUGGAAAGAGAUGUCAAGGCCUCCCCUUCCACUCUCUGCAUACCCCAUGACAUGGAAUCCAACCCCCAGAUAGCCUCUCAUUCCACUGUCCCACCCAGCUGUAACAAUGGAGAUGCCCGGCCUGAGCAGAGACGCAGUGGAAGGCUACAGGCAGCCCCAAAAGACCUCGCUGGGGACAAGAGUAAACUCACAGUCCGCAAGGCCCCACCAAAACACCCCAAAAAAAUAACCUUCGCAUCAGUGAAGAGAGAGGGCAGGAGAAGAGGGGAAACUUGUGGAGAUGAAAAUGUUGCAGUCAGCAAUCCAUUGAGGCGCCAAGCUAUAAAAGGCCAGGGGCACAACAUGACGUUGCCCUCGGCCAAAGCCCAGAUGCAAGAGCUGGAGUCUUGUGACAUGGCGAAGGACAAUGACACUCCCGAGAGCCCGACGUCAGCUGCCAAGAGUUGGGCCAUGGGUCCCUUGUUCAACUCCUUCAAGUCCAAGAUGGCCAGCUUCACAGAGAUUGUCAUGAGCCCCGUCCGGCUCUUCAAGCCCACCGAUGCUCUCCCCUCAGACGCGGCAGGAGUGCCCGAUGGGGGGGCUCUGAGUUUCGACAGCAGCGGUGAUUCCGUCCUCGGCCAGAAGGCCCACGUUUCCCGAAGAUUGCCAAUUCAUGAGAGCCCGACUAAGGACGCUGCUGUUUCAAAGUUGAAAAAGGAACGAGUGGAGGAGGAGUGGAGCUUGAAGUCCUCUGAUUUGACCCGCGGUUCACUGCGUAGGGGUAAAGGGCCGUCUCAGUCUGACUCGGACACGUCCAGCGUCAAUCAGAACAAGUCCGUCCUGCUUGGGUCCGCAGAUCCCAGCCCGUCCAAUAACCUUUUAGUAAGGCUAGUUUCGCCUGGGCGACCCCAACUCAGACACACUGGUCAGAGAAAAGCAAUCCCAUCAGACCGUGCAGAGAUGCUGAACACUGAGCCGUCUGCAGAGUCUGUUGAACCGGCAGCUUUGCCUCAGAAACUGAAGCAGUUAAAGAGCGGUGACGAGCAGCUUGACGACCGGUUGAGCAAGCUGUCUGAGUCCUCCGUGUUGGACACCCCUCCCGACUCGUUCUCCAACGGAGACGGAACGUCCGAGAGGGAAGACCUGGAGGAGAGCAUCCCGGUGGUGCCGCACACACGCAUUCGCUCCAGCCCCAGGAAACAGGCUAAGGGCAUUUCCAUGACUCCUGCACCCUUUGCAAAGGCCAGGGCAAGUGCUCGACAGAAAGCUACCGGAAAGAGAGUAGUAACUUUUGGCAAGGACGUGAAAGAAGCGAAGGAUGUUGAUGAAGAGGAGGAGGAGGAGAAGAAGAGCAAGAGAGAUGACUGUCAAAACAUGUCCACAGACGAAGAAGUGGAUCCACCUGAGACUGAGGAGUCCUCGCCAGAGGUGGAAAAUGCUCGGAGACAACGCAUAGACAGGAAACGCAUCAGAAAGCCACAGGAAGUGGACCUAGAGUGGGGAGGAGAAGGCCCCAAGAGGAGGCUGAAGGCGGGAAAGGCCGAGCGGGUGCCAAAAAAGCAGGGUAAAAACAAGGAAAUGGUCAAGAAGGAAUGCUUGAGUGAAUGGAUGGAGACAUCGGAAGAUAUCGUGUUCACAAAGACCAUGCACACCCUGCUGAAAGACUCUGGAACCAACCCGCUGUCAAGUUCCCACAACUCCUCAGUGGACUCAGACGUGUCUGGUGCGGAUGGGUCAGAAGCACCCAUGAAAUUCGAAGGCAGCUCUAGACUGACAAGGAGACAGGCCAUGUCAAAGCAGUCAACGGCAGACACUGUAAAAGUCGAUCCACUUGAAAACGAAUACGCUGAUUGCUUCACAGAUCAGUUUGCUGUCAGCUCUCUUGCAGAAAAGUCCCCCAAUGACGGUAGCAGUGGGGGAGGAACAAAUGAAAACGGCAUUGCUGCCUCCGUGCCUCGAAAGGGCAGGCAGCGAGCUAAGAAGACUACUCCUCCGUUGAAUGACAAGAGUCUGUUGAAUAACCAGAGCAAGUUGAAUGACAAUAGUGCGCUGACAAAUAAGACCCCAUUGAAUGACAGCAGUUUAUUGACGAGCAAGACCAAAUUGAAUGACAAUAGUCUGUUAACGAACAAGACCAAUUUGAAAUCCAGCCACGACGGCAGUGUUUUCUCCCCCAACCUGGAGGAGUCGUCCGCAUCGCUCCUGAACUCCACGGCCCUUUCCCAGUCCAUGCUGAAGAGCGGCAGGAAGAGGAGAUUGAUGAAGACUCCCAGCCAGAUGUUUGGCGACGAGCUGCCAGACGACGACACUCCGUCCGCCUCCUUUUUCAAGCUCGAUAACACAAUAUCCGAGAUGAGAGAAAAGAAAAGUGUCAGAGGAGAUGAGAAGAAGAGACAGGAGAAUGCGGAAGAGCCGCGCCGGGAUGGCUCUGCGGACGAGGCCCAAAAGACACCGUCCAAACGGCAAAGUCCUCGAGCGCUGAAGAGAAAGUCCCCGUCGCCCUCGACGGAGAGGAGUCUCGUCGACGGCCCUGAAACCGCCGAGGAGGAGGACUGCGGCGCGUUGGCGGACGCCGAGGAACCGCCGGAGGCGUCGGCGUCAGGUAGCGGCUCCAACCGCCUCUUGCGGAGCUUCUCCUGCCCCGAGAUAGCUACUCUGUCGCACCACGAGCAGCCCUGGAGAUCCCCCAACGCUCUCCUCCCCUCGCAUGACCGUCCCCUGCGCUCCUCUGCUCCCUACCACCACCACCACCACCACCGCACCACCCCUCACCAGCCACCCCCCCACCUCUCCCCCUCCAAGCGUGCACGCCGACACACCGUCUGCAGCCUGGAGAUAGCGCGUGAGAUUGCGCCGCUCUGCCUCCGCAAGGAGGUGUACCCCACCAGGAGGGGUGGCCUCUACGGCAGCCCCUCCCACCCCCUCUGCCCCAACCCCGCCUCCCCAUCCACCUCCUUCACAGCCCUCGUUUCCAGCUUCCUGUCCAGUCCCCUGGCCUUCCUGUCGAGGAGAUCGGACAGGGCGAAACGCAAGGCUCGUGCCGAUGAUGGCCUCUCCUCCUCCUCCUCCUCCACAUCCUCCUCCUUCUACUCCACAUCCUCCUCCUUCAGCCCCAGUGUGUCCCUGUCUGCCUCCUCCUCCCUAUCCCCACCCUCCACAUCCAGCUCUGCCGUCCAUCACUCGCCCGCUGGCUUCACGUGCAUCGCCCCUCCCACCUCCAGCCAUUUCUCAGAUUCUGUGUCACCAGCCGACAGUAGCACCUCUCAGGACGAGGACUCUGGGCAGCAGUCUGAGGAUGGAGACGAGAGCAGCUGCCUCAAUGUUGAAAUGCUGUCUACAGGAAUCCCUGAAGAAAAAGCCCUGUCGGAUUCAGAGAUUAAGAUGGAAACGAGGCACGGGAAAGUUUCAUCUAUACGCAUCCGUAAGACAUUGCCCAAACCUCUUCAUCAUCUCACACCAAUGGGCCUGCCAAAACUCAUCAGGCCAAAGAAGAAAGAGUUCAGUGUUGAGGAGAUCUACACCAAUAAGAACUUCACCAAACCAGGAGAAGGACGCUUGGAGACCAUCUUUGAAGUCCCACUCAACCGCCGUGAUGGAUCCCACUGUCUGCUCGGACAGAAAAGAGUGAAGCGCUUUGUGGAGUUUGCCGAGCUGGGCAAGGUGCGGAAGGCUCGGAAGCCACUGGUUGGGCUGGGGAACAGCAACAACGCCACCACCCAGAAGAAGACCGGCGCACAGACGUCUGCUGGACGACCCCGGCGUGGUGCGUGGUCCACCUCCAAGGACGAGCAGAAUGAGCUGCAGCUGUCCCCUGAGGAUCUGGACUCCCUGCUCUGCUCCAAGCUGGAUGAGCUGGAUUCCCUGAUAGCUGAUGACCAGUGCUCUAGCUGAGACUGCGUUCAGCCCCCUGGCUGGACAUUUGAACGUGGAGUCGAAUCCCAACAGCGAUCUCUAGCACUUUGGAAAGAUCCUCCAGUCUCCACUCUUUUGUUUGUUUGUUUUUCUUUUUUAUGUUUGUUCUGCUCCCUCCAUUAUUGGUCUUGAUCCAUUAAAUUUGUGUUUUAUGUCCAUUUA